AUGGACGCACCUCUUCGCCGCCCCGCGGGGCUCCCCAUGGGCCCUGGGAGCCAGCCCGUGGCCCCCGCCCCGCUGAGUCCCGGUAGCGGCAGUAAACCACUGGCUUUCAGCAUCGAGCGGAUCAUGGCGAGGCCCGAGCCUCGGCCACUGGCGCUGCCGGGCUGGCUGCAGCCUCCCGCGGUCGUCCCGCUGCUGCCGCUGGGCUACGAGCCUCAGCGCCUGAUACUGGACUCGGGUCCGGAGCUGCUGGGACUAGGACUUGGCUACCGCAGUCCGGAGUCGGACCAAAGUCCGGCUCAAGGCCACUAUAAACUUUUCCGGCCGCGUGUCGUGACGCAGGGCUCGUUCCCGGCCGUGGGAACAGUGUAUCUGAACUGUGGAGACAGCAGCGCGUGCCCACCACCCACCGGACUUGUAAAUUUGCACGUGCCCAUGGCCUCGUACCUGCUGUCCGCGCGCCACAAGGCUCUGCUCGCGGACAAAGCGCCCACGGAGCGUUUCUCCGCGGCUCAGUCCCACGGACACAUGCAGCACUACGUAAAGGAGCGGGAGCACAUCCUCGCGGACAGCAUCUUCAAAGGCUCCUCGGCCACCAGACUCAACAACUCGUGCGCUGGAAACAAGCCCAAAGUGUUCACGUGCGAGGUCUGCGGAAAGGUGUUUAACGCACACUAUAACCUGACUCGCCACAUGCCCGUGCACACUGGCGCGCGCCCCUUUGUGUGUAAAGUGUGCGGGAAAGGUUUCCGACAGGCGAGCACGCUCUGCCGCCACAAGAUCAUCCACACUCAGGAAAAGCCUCACAAAUGUAACCAGUGCGGGAAGGCGUUCAACCGCAGCUCGACGCUCAACACGCACACGCGGAUCCACGCGGGCUACAAACCGUUCGUCUGCGAGUUCUGCGGCAAAGGCUUCCACCAGAAAGGCAACUACAAGAACCACAAGCUAACGCACAGCGGGGAGAAGCAGUUCAAAUGCUCAAUCUGCAGCAAAGCCUUCCACCAAGUCUACAACCUCACCUUCCACAUGCACACGCACAACGACAAAAAGCCCUUCACCUGCCCCACCUGCGGUAAGGGCUUCUGCCGGAACUUUGACCUCAAGAAACAUGUCCGCAAACUGCACGACCCGGCGGGGGCACAGUCCCCGACGCAGCCCUGAGCACCUGU